GCUUCCGUGGCUACCUACCUAUUUUUGCAUUUUACAAUUCAUCGGCCGCCUUUUGAAGCACGGAAUAUUUACCGAAUAGUAAGAAAAAGUAAAAAGUGAUGGAGUUCUAUUACCUGCAGGGAACAGUUUCAUGCCGCCUUCUUGCGCCCCGAAUCAGUGGAAGGUAAUAUACCUCUCUGCCUGACUUAUCCCCAGAGCCGGAUCCUGCAGAGCGGGCACCAACCACGAAACCAAGUGGCGUUCAAGCAGAUUUUACUGUGUUACACCAACUGCCACCCCAGGAAUAACGUGGUAGGUUUUGUAAAAACAAGCAUUUUCCGAGCCGCAAUCGUGCUUUAUUCCUUAGGGAUGAUGCUCGUUGCGACGGGACACGACAGACCGUGUGCCACCAACUAUAAUUGUUGUACGGAUGACUAAACAGCGGCCGAGAUUCGCUCCGGUUUAUUAUCAUCGACAAUUCAUGAUUGGAAGUUAUUGGAAAAGAAGCCUGAUAACUGCCCCUACAGUCAUCCGUGCAAGUGUUCGUGGUAACACACAUCUGCACUCGUGAGACUUCGUCACUCGUCGCCAAAAAUGCCGCUCUCCAACAUCGAGGGAGAUGGACCGGUGCGCUCAGCGAUCACCACGGGCUUGGUGGUCGUGUCUGUCAUAUUCCCCGUUCUGUCGGCGAUAGCCAUAGGUCUCCGAUUCCUAGCUCGAAGGAGAUCCCGUCAGACCAUUCGCGCUGAUGAUGCGUGGGUUAUUGUUGCUUGGAUAUUCACGUUCGCGCUCAGCGUCUUAGUAUGGGUGUUCACCGACAGGUCGGGAAUAAACUACUAUAACAUAGACCCCCUGCAGGGCACGAUUUACUCUCUCGAGCUCAUAUUCAUCUCGUCAUGCUUAAUCCAGUUCCCCCUAUCCACGGUCAAAAUAUCCAUCCUCCUAUUUUACCGGCGUAUCUUCGUUUCGCGGAAGUUCCACAUAGCCGUCUGGAUCGCAAUCGCCGUAGUGACCAUAUGGGGACUCUUAUUCUUCUUCCUGGUCUUAACACAGGUGGAUCCCAUCUCCGACUCCUGGAAAGGAGGCAGACUACGAUAUGACUCAACAGCGCUGGGCCUUGCGCAGGUUGGCACUAGCAUUGCGCUCGACUUUGUCGUCUUGUGCUUCCCGCUCCCCGUUAUCUCGAACCUCCACAUGGCUUCGAAGAGAAAGAUUGCCGUGGCUCUGAUUUUCUGGCUUGGCGCCUUCUGCUGUGUCGCCGCGGUCGUGCGAUUAGUGUUUCUCGACCAAUCCGUCCGCGCCGUCAUCAAGUCCGAGAACAACGUUUAUCUCCAAUCCAAACAAUACAUCUUCCUAAUCCUCGAGCCCAACUGCUCCAUAAUUGCCGCCUGCCUCCCUUGCUACGGGCCCCUCUUCGCCGGCGGCCGCGCUCCGGAAUCGAUAGUCCGCAGCGUGCGCUCGAUCUUCAGCCUGCGUAGUCUCGGGUCCAAGGGCUCGGCCCACGGGUCGCGCGACGGGAACGGCAGCCGCAGUAAAGAUAGCAAUCGUAGCAACGGCAGCCACGGUAACGGUGCUGGGGGGGUCGGGGAAAGGGGUGAGCCGACCGAGUCCCAGAUCGAGUUGAGCAUUCAGCAGUGGCCGGGCAAGGGGCAGCAGGAUGUGCAUUGCGUGGGCGGCAAGAUGAGCGAUGAUGUGGAGGCGCUGUCGUUGGAGGGGCAGGGGAUCAAUGUUACGAAUGGGGUUACUGUGGAGAGGGAAUAGGGGAAUGUUGGUGGACUUCUGCGAGGGCUUUUUUAUCGGAGAUCUAAUGGUCAUUUCUACCGCUUGGAAUCCACUGAACAAUUUGAGGAAGUGGUGGUGUUGGGGGAGAGCUAAGGAGAGCUGAAGAGGGAAGACGAUUCUAUAUUAUUAUCCUUUGUUGCGAAGAUACACCACCCAGUAGUUGACAGUUGAAUCGCAGUUUGAUCAUUCAGUCGUAACAUUCUAUUAACAUGCAGGUGCACACCUAGGUACCUAGGUAGAUAUUCAAAGAGAAUGCCCGUAAAGCACACAAGAUCUCUUUGACUGAGCGAUAGCAACCUGGUGGAGUAGGCCUAUUAGACCUGUAAGCGUUGAGGCUC